AUGUCCUCUUCUCUAACUCUAGGAGGGCAGAGUCGCUGCGGAAGAGUUUUAGGCCCUUCGCUCGACAAAAUCGUCAAAAACGCUGCGUGGCGAAAGCACUCUCAUCUCGUUUCCGCCUGCAAAUCCGCUCUUGAUAAGCUUGAAUCCCUUUCCGAUUCCGUCUUCGAUCCAAAUUCCUACUCUCCUCUGCUCGGUAUCUCUUUUUCCGAUGCCGAAUUCGUUCUUCAACCGUUAGUUCUUGCCUUAGAUUCCGCCUAUGCUAAGGUCGUUGAGCCUGCACUCGAAUGUGCUUUCAGGCUUUUCUCGUUAGGUCUCAUUAGAGGUGAGAUCGAUAGUAAUUCCUCUGUUAAUGUUAGUAAUGUUGUUUUUAAUAUGAUUGAGAGUGUUUGUAAGGUUUGUGCGAUUGGAGAGGAAACUAUAGAGCUUGCUGUGCUGAGAGUUUUGCUCGCUGCUGUUCGAUCUCCUUGCGUUUUGAUUCGCGGAGAGUGUUUGGUGCAUCUUGUUAGGACAUGCUACAAUGUGUAUCUUGGUGGCUUGAAUGGGACUAAUCAGAUCUGUGCCAAAUCUGUUCUUGCUCAGAUUGUGCUCAUUGUUUUUACCCGGGUUGAGGAGGAUUCUAUGAAUGUUAAUGUUAAAACUGUCUCAGUAAGUGAAUUGUUGGAAUUUGCGGAUAAGAGUUUGAAUGAGGGAAGCUCUAUACAUUUCUGUCAGAAUCUUGUUAAUGAGGUUAUGGGAGCUAGUGAGGGAGUUCCAGAUGCCAAACUCCUGUUGCAUAGUCCGUCUACCAAAUUGCAGAAUGGCAGUGGUAACGGCCCUGUUCUUGAUAUUGAUUCGAAGGUUGCUAAUGGGAAUGAUAGAGGCGAACUGGGUGAUAGAGAAGCAAAUGAUGGAGCUGAAUCAUUUGGUUCUGGUGCUGGAUGGAGUAAAAUUAGGGAGGAUGGCUUUCUUCUUUUUAGGAACCUGUGCAAAUUGUCCAUGAAAUUCUCAUCUCAGGAGAACCCAGAUGAUCAAAUUCUUCUCAGAGGUAAGACGUUGUCUCUCGAGUUGCUCAAGGUGGUUAUGGACAAUGGUGGUCUGAUUUGGCGCACCAAUGAAAGGUUUCUCAAUGCUGUUAAGCAAUACCUUUGCUUGUCAUUGUUAAAGAACAGUGCAUUGUCUGUUAUGGCUAUUUUUCAGCUCCAGUGUUCAAUCUUUAUGAUUUUGUUGUCGAAAUUCAGAUCAGGACUGAAGGCAGAAAUUGGAAUAUUUUUUCCCAUGCUCAUCCUUAGGGUACUCGAGAAUGUUAACCAGCCUAGUUUUUUACAGAAAAUGAUUGUCCUGAACUUGAUGGAGAAGAUUGCGCAAGAUUCACAGCUUAUAGUUGAUGUUUUCGUGAACUAUGACUGUGAUGUGGAUGCUCCAAACAUAUAUGAAAGGAUUGUGAAUGGCCUUCUGAAAACUGCUCUAGGACCGCCUCCUGGUUCAACAACAACUUUGUCUUCGGCCCAGGAUAUUACUUUCCGGCAUGAAUCUGUAAAGUGUUUGGUUGGUAUCAUAAAGUCAAUGGGUGCUUGGAUGGAUCAGCAACUGAUAAUAGAAGAGUCCUAUGUGCUAAAGAGUUCUGAGAGUGAUGCUUCAACAGAGAAUCAUUCAACCCCAACUGGGGAUGAUGCAAGUAGCCCUGACUAUGAUUUUCAUUCUGAGGUGAACUCUGAAAUGUCUGAUGCUGCUAGCCUUGAACAACGGCGGGCUUAUAAAAUUGAACUACAGAAAGGUAUAUCUCUAUUUAAUAGAAAACCCUCCAAGGGCAUUGAGUUUCUGAUAGACACCAAAAAAGUUGGUGGUUCUCCAGAAGAAGUUGCUGCCUUCUUGAAAAACACUACUGGGCUAAAUGAAACUAUGAUUGGUGACUAUUUGGGUGAAAGAGAUGAGUUUUGUUUGAGAGUUAUGCAUGCUUAUGUAGAUUCAUUUAAUUUUAAAGGAUUGGAUUUUGGUGAAGCGAUAAGGUUUUUUUUAAGGGGCUUCAGGUUGCCUGGAGAAGCACAGAAGAUUGACCGCAUCAUGGAAAAGUUUGCUGAGCGCUAUUGUAAAUGUAAUCCUAAUUCAUUUUCCAGGGCAGAUACAGCCUAUGUUCUUGCUUACUCAGUGAUAAUGCUCAACACGGAUGCCCAUAACAGCAUGGUGAAAGAUAAGAUGACAAAGGCUGAUUUCAUUCGAAACAAUCGUGGAAUAGAUAAUGGCAAAGAUUUACCUGAAGAGUAUCUGGGUACUGUCUAUGAUAAAAUUGUGAAAAAUGAAAUUAAAAUGAAUGCUGAUUCUUCUGCUCCUCAAAGCAAGCAGGCAACUAGCUUAAAUAAGCUAUUAGGCUUGGAUGGUAUACUCAAUCUAGUUUCUUGGAAGCAGGCAGAAGAAAAGCCACUGGGUGCAAAUGGACUCCUCAUAAGGCACAUCCAAGAACAGUUUAAGGCAAAGUCAGGGAAAUCAGAAUCUGUAUAUCACUCUGUUACAGAUGCAGCAAUCUUGAGGUUCAUGGUUGAGGUCUGCUGGGGUCCCAUGCUGGCUGCGUUUAGCAUGACCAUUGACCAGACCGAUGAUAAACUUGCUACUUCUCAAUGCUUACAGGGAUUUCGUUAUGCAGUGCAUGUUACUGCAGUAAUGGGAAUGCAGACCCAAAGAGAUGCUUUUGUGACAUCUAUGGCCAAGUUUACUCAUCUCCAUAAUGCUGCAGAUAUGAAGCAAAAAAAUGUUGAUGCAGUGAAGGCAAUAAUAUCAAUUGCCAUUGAAGAUGGUAAUUAUCUUCAGGAAGCUUGGGAGCAUAUCUUAAUGUGCCUCUCUCGAAUUGAGCAUCUGCAGCUGCUAGGAGAGGGUGCACCUCCUGAUGCAUCUUUCUUGUCCGGAUCUAAUGUUGAAGCAGCAGAUGAAAAAGUAUUGAAAUCAACGGGUUAUCCAUCUCUGAAAAGAAAAGGAAGUCUCCAGAAUCCAGCUGUAAUGGCUGUUGUUAGAGGGGGUUCAUAUGACAGCACAAUGGUUGGAGUGAAUUAUCCAGGAGCAGUAACCGCAGAGCAGAUCAAUCACUUUAUCUCAAAUUUGAAUUUGCUCGACCAGAUAGGGAAUUUUGAAUUGAACCAUGUAUUUGCUAAUAGCCAGAGGUUGAACAGCGAGGCAAUAGUAGCUUUUGUGAAAGCUCUCUGCAAAGUUGCAAUAUCAGAGUUGCAGUCCCCAACAGAUCCUCGUGUAUUUAGCCUCACAAAAAUAGUGGAAAUUGCGCAUUACAAUAUGAAUCGCAUCAGAUUAGUUUGGACUCGUAUAUGGAAUGUUCUAUCCGAUUUUUUCGUAUCAGUUGGCUUGUCAGAAAAUCUCUCUGUUGCUAUUUUUGUGAUGGAUUCACUGCGUCAACUUGCUAUGAAAUUCUUAGAGCGUGAGGAGCUGGCAAAUUACAAUUUCCAGAAUGAAUUUCUGAGGCCAUUUGUGAUUGUGAUGCAGAAGAGCAGCUCUGCUGAAAUCAGAGAACUUAUUGUUCGCUGCAUUUCGCAGAUGGUCCUUAGUCGUGUUAGUAAUGUGAAAUCUGGCUGGAAAAGUGUUUUUAUGGUUUUUACAGCUGCUGCGGCUGAUGAGCGUAAGAAUAUUGUCUUGUUGGCAUUUGAGACGAUGGAGAAAAUAGUGCGGGAAUAUUUUCCUUAUAUAACUGAGACAGAGACCACAACUUUCACAGAUUGUGUUAGAUGCCUCACAACCUUCACAAAUAGUAGAUUUAACAGUGAUGUGAGCCUCAAUGCUAUUGCAUUUCUCCGGUUUUGUGCUGUCAAACUUGCAGAUGGACGACUUGUCUGGGAUGAAAAGAGCAGGGGUAAUGAUUCAUCCAUUUCAGUGGCGAAUGAGGUUGCUUCAGAUAUUCGAGCCUUGACUGACAAAGAUGAUCAUGCAUCCUAUUGGAUUCCACUACUCACAGGGCUAUCAGAACUAACAUCUGAUCCGAGAUCGGCUAUUCGAAAGAGUGCUUUGGAAGUUCUAUUUAAUAUUCUUAAUGAUCAUGGUCAUCUUUUCUCAAGAUCAUUUUGGCCUGAUGUUUUCAGUUCUGCUAUUUUACCCAUAUUCAGUAGUGCACAUGAGAAAAAAGAUAAUUUUGUUAAAUAUGGUCUAGAUUCACCAACUUUAGCAUCUCCACAUCAUGAAGGAAGUGCAUGGGAUCCUGAAACUUCUGCAGUUGCAGCUCAAUGUCUAGUGGAUUUAUUUGUCAGUUUUUUCAAUACAGUGAGGUCUCAACUAUCAGUUGUGAUAUCAAUACUGACUGGAUUAGUUAGAAGUCCGAUUCAGGGACCUGCUAGCACUGGGGUUGCUGCAUUAUUGCAUUUAGCAGGUGAACUUGGCUCUAGACUUUCUGAGGAUGAAUGGAGAGAGAUCUUUGUGUCUCUGAAGGAAGCUGCUGCAUCAACAUUACCUGGUUUUAUGAAGGUCUUAAGAAGCAUGAAUGAUAUUGAGAUGCCUGAUAGCUCAGAAUUUUAUCCGGAUGCUGAUUUCUCUUCUGAUCAUGGCUUCAACGAGGAUCUGGAGGAUGACAAUCUCCAAACUGCAGCUUAUGUGGUUUCAAGAGUAAAGAGUCACAUUGCUGUACAGCUACUAAUUAUACAGGUUGCAACUGAUUUGUCCAAAGCACACAUACAGUUCUUAUCAGCAGCCAAUAUUGGAGUUCUUAUAGAUAUAUUUUCAUCUGUUGCAUCACAUGCUCACCAACUGAACUGCGAGAUCAUUCUGCAGAAGAAACUGGAGAAAGCUUGCGCUAUUCUGGAUCUCAGUGCUCCUCCCAUGGUUCAUUUUGAAAAUGAGUCAUACCAAAGUUACCUCAACUUCCUUCAUGAUUUGCUAAUGGAUAAUCCAACCAUGUCAGAGGAGAUGAAUAUAGAAUUGCAACUCGUGGAAGUUUGUGAAAAAAUAUUGCAGAUAUAUCUGAACUGUACUGGGUCUCAAUCCCCCCAGCAGAAACCUAUUGAUGAGCAGGUGGUAUACUGGAUUCUUCCAUUAGGGUCAGCUAAAAAGGAAGAAUUGGCCGCAAGAACUGCUUUGCUCGUGUCAGCUUUGCACAUAUUAAGUGAUUUAGAAAGGGAUUCCUUUAGGAGGUACGUAUCUCGAUUCUUUCCUUUGUUAGUAGAUCUUGUGCGGAGCGAGCAUAGCUCGAGAGAAGUUCAGCACAUUCUAGGUAAUAUUUUCCAUUCAUGUAUAGGCCCUGUACUAAUGGGAUAAAUAAUUACUUCACAGUAUUACACAAAAUGGAUAUCCUCAUCAAAUCUCAGUUUUGAUCUCUAUAAUUAGCUGGAUACGAGCCUUCGUAUAUAUUAUAUAUUUAUUUAUAACAGUUUUUUUUCUUUUUUCUUUUUAAUUGUAUUCUGAGGCUGGAAACCCUUUUCACCUGUGUAAAAGAAUGUACUUGCAAACAUCCUUGUUGAUACAGAUUGAUUGGAAUAGUAGUAGCAAUAAGAAUAAUUUUUUAGUUAAUUCAAAACUCUAUUCGACUA